CUUCCAUUUCCUUUGAAGUUGCAGUCAGGCUUCAGUAUUUUGUUGCACGAGGAGCAAAGUUUCAGAAAUCAGGAAAUCACCCUAAGGAAGGGAAAGCAGGCAGAGGUGAUUGAGUAUUUGCCACCAAGACAAAAUCUCACAGCAGACCAGCGCUUGCUCUUCAUGCAAGUGGCAUACGGCAUUUUCCUAACUUUCUGCUUUCAUUAUGACACAAUUUCUUUUUUAACCUGACAUGAGGAAAUAGGUGCAUUUGGAACACCCAUGGCUGUUGCUAGCAUGAAACACUGCCACUUUGCGGGGCUGCUGCUGCGCGUUCUGCCUAGCUGUGGGACUUGGGGAGUUUCUAUGGACAUCUCCACGUUCUUGCUUAAGUCCUGGGAGCUCUUUAAGCAGACGCGGAGCAGUUAUAAGAGAAUAAGCUCUCACACCGCAAAUUGACUUCCCUCUUUGUAGCUCUAGACACUGUUUCCAGCUGCUUUCAGUCUUUCAAAUCCUUGAAAGCUUUCCUAAUCCUCAUGUCGGCAGCCUUUAUGCGCUCUCCUCCCUCCCUCCCCUCUCUCCUGAUUGGCGAGGCGAUGGCACGGCCUGAUUCAGCCAACUGCUACAUCCCUGCGCUGCGGUUUGAAAUAGGAGCCAGGCGGACAGUUGCCUCCCCGCUCCUGACUUUUAAUAGGCUGGGAAGGAAGGCUGGGAAACUUGACAUUGUCUUAGGAAGGGUUCCCUCCCCCCCCCAGCAAAGGAUAAAAGAAGAGAGAGGGGGAAAGAAAAAAAAAAAAAAAAAAAAGAGGAAAAAAAAAAAAAGUAAAAACAGCCAAAACGAGGGAGAAAAACUUGCGUACAGCGGGAAACUUGAUGGAUCCCUGCCCUGCAGCCGGCGGCGCGGCGUAGCCCCUUCCCGGCUGGAUGGAUGAUGGGAAGCUCACCAUGAGGCAGAUAGCUGAUCAGCUUCCCUGGAUUUCGCUGACGCCACAGGAAAGCUUUGCCUGAAGAUGGAAACACUGGAGUCGGAACUGACCUGCCCUAUCUGUCUGGAGCUGUUUGAGGACCCGCUGCUGCUGCCCUGCGCUCACAGUCUCUGCUUCAACUGCGCGCACCGCAUCCUGGUCUCCCACUGCGCCUCCAACGAGCCGGUGGAGUCUAUCACCGCCUUCCAGUGCCCCACCUGCCGCUAUGUCAUCACCCUCAGCCAGCGUGGUCUAGAGGGGCUCAAGCGCAACGUCACCCUGCAGAACAUCAUCGACCGCUUUCAGAAAGCCUCGGUGAGCGGGCCUAACUCCCCCAGUGAGACCCGUCGGGAGCGGGCGUUCGACAGCAACAGCAUGUCCUCCUGUGAGAAGGUCCUCUGCCAGUUCUGCGACCAGGACCCUGCCCAGGAGGCAGUGAAGACAUGCGUGACCUGCGAGGUCUCCUACUGCGAGGAGUGCCUGAAAGCCACGCACCCCAACAAGAAGCCUUUCACCGGCCACCGACUGAUUGAGCCCAUCCCGGACUCUCACAUCAGGGGAUUAAUGUGCUUGGAGCACGAGGACGAGAAGGUGAACAUGUACUGCGUGACGGACGACCAGCUGAUCUGUGCCCUGUGCAAGCUGGUCGGGCGGCACCGAGACCAUCAGGUGGCAGCUCUAAGCGAGCGCUACGACAAGCUGAAGCAAAAUUUGGAGAGUAACCUCACCAACCUUAUUAAGAGGAAUACUGAACUGGAAACUCUUCUGGCAAAACUCAUUCAGACCUGUCAACAUGUAGAAGUAAAUGCAUCUCGCCAAGAAACCAAGCUGAUGGAAGAAUGUGACCAGCUCAUUGAAAUAAUACAACAGAGACGACAAAUAAUUGGAACCAAAAUCAAGGAAGGAAAGGUGGUGAGGUUGAGAAAACUGGCUCAGCAGAUUGCAAACUGCAAACAGUGCAUUGAGCGCUCGACAUCCCUCAUCUCUCAGGCUGAGCAGUCGCUGAAGGAGAACGAUCACGCUCGCUUCCUGCAAACUGCUAAAAACAUCACCGAAAGGGUUUCCAUGGCAACUGCAUCCUCCCAGGUUCUAAUUCCUGAAAUUAAUCUCAACGAUACUUUUGAUACUUUCGCACUUGAUUUUACCAGGGAGAAGAAAUUGUUGGAAUGCCUUGAUUAUCUUACAGCUCCCAACCCUCCCACCAUUCGAGAAGAGCUCUGUACAGCUUCUUAUGAUACCAUUACUGUCCACUGGACAUCAGAUGAUGAGUUCAGCGUGGUUUCUUACGAGCUGCAGUACACCAUCUUCACUGGACAAGCUAAUGUUGUUAGUUUAUGUAACUCAGCCGACAGCUGGAUGAUUGUUCCCAAUAUCAAACAAAACCACUACACCGUGCAUGGGUUACAGAGUGGCACAAAGUACAUCUUCAUUGUUAAGGCCAUUAAUCAGGCUGGCAGCAGAAGCAGCGAGCCAGGCAAGCUCAAGACAAACAGUCAGCCAUUUAAACUGGACCCCAAAUCUGCUCAUAGAAAACUGAAAGUAUCUCAUGACAACCUGACAGUGGAACGUGAUGAAACCUCCUCCAAAAAGAGUCAUACACCAGAGCGAUUCACGAGCCAAGGGAGCUACGGAGUAGCUGGCAAUGUGUUCAUUGACAGCGGACGGCAUUACUGGGAAGUGGUUAUAAGCGGCAGUACGUGGUAUGCCAUUGGUAUUUCAUACAAGUCAGCACCGAAGCAUGAGUGGAUUGGGAAGAACUCUGCCUCUUGGGUGCUGUGCCGCUGCAACAACACAUGGGUGGUGAGACACAACAGCAAAGAAAUCCCAAUAGAGCCUGCGCCUCAUCUCCGCCGGGUCGGCAUUUUGCUGGACUACGACAAUGGUUCUCUUGCAUUUUAUGAUGCCUUGAACUCCCUGCACCUUUACACCUUUGACAUUACAUUUGGGCAGCCCGUAUGCCCCACAUUCACUGUGUGGAAUAAGUGUUUGACCAUUAUAACAGGCUUGCCCAUCCCUGAUCACUUAGACUCCUCUGAGCAGCUGGCAUGACUGUUAAAAGCUAACAGAUAGGAGGAUGUGUUUCCCAGGGCAGCUGCCUGCAGGAGCUCUCCUGGAGCUGUUGGACUGUGUGGCAUCUCAGUUGUUGCUGCCAAAACCAGCCAGAACCGAAAAGGGGUGGAUCUCUCUUUUCUGAGUACUUUAUGCAGGACAAAAAGUUGCUUUAAUAAUACCUUAGAAUUCUUUUUGCAGUUGCUUUUGUUUUGUUUUGCAUUUAGUCCC